GGCUGGUGGUCAAUUUUCACCUGAACAAAAUAGCAAAUUUAGACUAGUUUACAACCAAACAGCCGCUUCGAAUAUAAGGUAGAUAUUUAUCCUGUAUAAUGUUCGAAAUGGCCGCAAAAAAAGACCAAAAGGAUGAAGCAUUGCCCAUCAAAGUUAACAAGUGGGACGGCUCGGCAGUCAAGAACGCUCUUGACGAUGCGGUGAAGAAUAUAUUGACCGAAAAGUACAACUACGUAGAAAAUUUCUCUCUGCUCGACGGAAGGUUGGCUCUUUGUAGCAUCGCUGUGGGUAUUGCGAUAGUAGCUCUUCUGUGGGACUACAUGAACCCUUUCCCGGCAUCAAAACAUGUCCUGGUCAUUUGCGUCUCCGCGUACUUUAUCGUCAUGGGUAUCCUGACACUUUACACAACCUACAAGGAAAAGGGAAUAUUCGUUGUUGCAGCCCAAAGAGAUCCGGCAGGAUUUGACCCUGAGUUGGUGUGGGAGGCUAGUUCCUACCUAAAAAAAUACGACGACGAGUACCACCUGGUACUUUCAGUGAGAGACGAGAAGGCUGGAACGUCAAAUGAGACGUCAGUUAAAAAUUCUGUAGCAAAAUUUAUCGACAGCAACGGGAUCGUUAUUCCAAGACUGGUCGAAGCUAUGGUCGAUAGCAUGCUCUACAGUUUGACCGCGAAUCGUAAGGAUAAGUGAAUAGUUCUCACCAGUAUUUUGUUGGCGGGUAAACCGAUGAAACCUUCCCUCAUUCCAAGCUCAGCAUUCUUGCCAAUUCGUUUGACAAAGUAUGUAUUUUCGCUAUAGAAGCUAAGAAAAGACUAAAUUCUAGAAAAAAUAACUCUGUAUAAUCUCAACAUCUAGUUCUGGAACGAGGCGAUCAUUCUGAAUAAAUAAUUUUCUUGAAAUAAAA